CAUAGAUCAGAGUAUAAUCAUGAGAACCGAUCGACUUUUUUGUAUAUCGGUGCCGUCCGACAAAAUUUGCUUCUUAAAAUUUGUAUGAAUUCUCUUCUUACUCUCACCCUCCCAUAAAAUCUUUCUUCUUUCGUUUUCUUUUUUUUGUUUUCCACAAAACACAUCUAUUUCACUAAUUUUUCCUAGAAUACCCCCAACCCUAAAAUACUACGCAUCCCACCCAUCCCCACACUAUUCCCGACACGCGUCCUUUCGCCUCCUAAGCGAAAGCGAUGAGGGGGUGCGUCCUCCUAAGCGCAAGCGGAAGAGGAGUUAUAGCAGCAAAACCUGAAAUCUUCUUCUCAUGGCUGCUUCUGAUGAUAUUGUUGUUGCUCUCUCCCAUGGCUAUGGAGUCCUCUUCGUCUUCCAUUAAUGAGAAGCUUAAGACUACUGCUGAUCCAUUAUCUUCCUUCUCCCCAGACUUUCUCUUUGGGACUUCUUCCUCUGCUUACCAGUUUGAAGGGGGUUAUUUAGCUAAGGAGAGGGGUCAAGAUAUUUGGGAUGUUUACACUCAUAAACAAGGUAAUAUCAUUGAUGGAAGCAACGGAGACGUGGCAAAUGAUCAAUAUCAUCGUUACAAGGAAGAUGCAGACAUAUUGGCUUCACUUGGAGUAAAUAGUCACAAACUUUCAAUUUUAUGGGCUCGAAUCCUACCAAAAGGAAGACAUGGGAAAAUAAAUUGGUCUGGAAUCAACUACUAUAAAAAAGUCAUUAAUUCUCUCUUGCGAAGAGGAAUCCAGCCAUUCGUGACUGUAAAUCACUAUGAUCUGCCUCAAGAACUUCAGGACAAAUAUCAAGGUUGGUUAAGCCCAAAGUUGCGGGAAGAAUAUGCAUAUUUUGCAGAAGUGUGCUUCAAGUACCUGGGUGAUGGGGUGAAACAUUGGAUCACAUUUAAUGAGCCAAACAUGUGGGCCUUCUUAACAUAUCGGACUGGGCUUUGGCCACCAAACCAUUGCACACAACCAUUUAACUGUACAAAAGGAGGCCCAUCGGAGCUCUUCAUAGUGGGCCACAACCUCAUUUUAGCUCAUGCUGCUGCUGUGAACAUCUACAAAAACAAAUACCAGCAAGCACAAGGAGGGCAAAUUGGGAUAUCUGUGCUUUAUUAUUGGUAUGAGCCCUUGAGAAACACAUCAGCAGAUAAAGUGGCAGUUGAGAGAGCUCUUUCCUUCCUUUCAAACUGGUUCUUGGACCCAAUUAUAUAUGGAAGAUACCCAAAAGAAAUGAAGGAUAUUUUAGGGUCAGAUUUGCCAAAGUUCUCAAGGAGUGACUUGAAAAUGUUGAAUGGGGCAGGAGUUGAUUUCAUUGGAAUCAACCAUUAUACCACAUACUAUGUUCAAGAUUGCUUGUCUUCUCAUUCUCACUGUGAACGAAAUGGGGCUGGCAACUUCAAGAUUGAUGGUUUUGUUGAACAAACUCCACUCAAGAAUGGCACCCUUAUUGGGGAAAUGACUGGGUUGUACUAUCUAGUGGUUUAUCCACGUGGGAUGGAGAAAGUAAUUAUGUAUGUGAAAGGAAGAUAUCCAAAUACACCCCUCUACGUUACUGAAAAUGGUUACUGCGAUAUUACCAAUUCAAACUCGAGCAUGAAAGAAAUGUUGAAUGAUACAAAGAGAGUGAAAUUCCUCAAAGAUUACCUGGGAUCCGUUGAAAGUGCAAUACGGAAAGGAGCAGAUGUGAGGGGUUACUUUAUUUGGUCAAUGCUGGAUAACUUUGAGUGGGGAUUUGGAUACACAAAACAUAUGGGACUUUACCAUGUGGAUCGUGUCACACUGAAGAGAACACCAAAAUUGUCAGCAAAAUGGUACAAGAAAUUCAUCACAAAAAAAGUGAACGUGACAACAAAAAGGUUAUAUCAUAGCCAAUGAAUCCCACACUAGUUUAGUUAGUGUGAGUCAUGUGACACUUUGUUCGUGAUUGGUCAUGAUAGAUUUCAAUAAUUAGUAGAUUUAAUUUUGUUUUAAAGCAUACUAUAUUUGUAUCAACGCAAUGCACGACAAAAAACUAAUUUUAAUUUAUAUGUAAAACUUUAAUAUAAUGGAUUGAGGAAA